CAUCCCCGCGGUGCAGGUCCAUUCUGCAGCCAGGCGGAGGGACCGGCAGCGGUGCACGGUGCAGAAGCUGAGAGCACUGAGUGGCAGCGGGAUUGGAUCGGCGGUGUUGCAGUGCCGGCGCUGCCGCGGUGGAGAUGUGCGCGGCGGGGAGGCGCUGGGGCCGGCGGCAGCGAGCUCUGCUCUGGGCCGUCCUGCUGGCGGCGUGGGAGGCGGCGUGGGGGCAGCUGCGCUACUCCGUGCCCGAGGAGAUGCCCAAGGGCUCGUUCGUGGGCGACGUGGCCAAGGACCUGGGGCUGCAGCUGCAGGCGAUCCGAGAUCGUGGCGUUUAUAUCUUGGACAAAGGUAGGACGCAGUAUUUCGGUCUGCACGGGAAAACGGGACAUUUAGUGACGGCGGAGAGGAUCGACAGAGAGCAGCUGUGCGAGAGUGUGCAGCAAUGCGUGCUGCGCUGUGAGCUGAUAGUGGAGGGACAGAUGCAGGUUUACGGAAUCGAAGUGGAAAUCACAGAUAUUAAUGACAACGCGCCGAGCUUUCGAGAGGCAGAGACAGCGCUGAAAAUGCUCGAAACGACAGCCGCGGGGUCGCGGUUUCCCCUCCCAGACGCUCAUGAUCCGGAUUCGGGCCGGAAUUCCCUGCAGAGCUACGAGCUGAGCGGUGACGAGCACUUCUCGCUGGCCGUGCAGGCGGGCCCCGGCGGCGAUCAGCGUCCCGAGCUGGUGCUGGCGAAGGCGCUGGACCGGGAGGAGGCGGCGUUUCACGAGCUGGUGCUGAGGGCGAUGGACGGCGGCGAUCCGGCACGGACGGGCACGGCUCGGAUCCGCGUGACCGUGGUGGACGCGAACGACAACGCGCCCGUGUUCAGCCAGGCGGAGUACACGGUGCGUGUGCCCGAGGACGUGCCCGUGGGCUCUGUCCUCGUCACUGUCACGGCCACGGACGCCGACGAGGGGCCGAAUGGACAUGUGAAAUUCCUGUUCAAGAAAGUCACCGAGAAAGCCUCGCAGAUUUUCCAGCUGGACGGCGACACGGGAGCGAUCACUAUGUUGCGGAGGCUGGACUUCGAAGAAGGCAAUUCCUACAAAAUGGAAGUGCAGGCGCAUGAUGCUGGGGGCUUUUUUGACUCGACGAAUGUUGUGAUUACCGUGACAGAUGUAAACGACAACGCCCCUGAACUCACAGUUUCAUCGAGGCUAAAUGAGAUCUCUGAGGAUGCCCCGCCGGGGACCGUGGUAGCCCUGAUCCAUGUGCAGGACCGGGACUCGGGGGAGAAUGGUGAGGUGCGCUGCUCGCUCGACAAGGACAUCCCGUUCCGAUUGGAGAAAUCCUUCGAGGACUACUACCGUGUGGUGACCGCGAGAGAGCUGGACCGGGAGCAGGUGUCGGAGUACAACGUGACGGUGCGGGCGGCCGACGGCGGGUCGCCGCCGCUGCAGAGCAGCGCGGUGCUGGCGCUGCGGGUGCUGGACGUGAACGACAACGCGCCGGUGUUCGCGGAGGAGCGCUACAGCGCGCGGCUGGCGGAGAACAACGCGGCGGGCGCGCUGGUGCUGACGGUGCGCGCCACGGACGCGGACUGGGGGCAGAACGCGCGCGUGCGCUACCGGCUGGCGGAGGGGCGGGUGCGGGGCGCGCCGCUGUCGUCGUACGUGUCGGUGCAGGCGGAGACGGGCGCGCUGUACGCGCUGCGCUCCUUCGACUACGAGCAGCUGCGCGAGCUGCAGCUGUGGGUGCGUGCGGAGGACGGCGGCGCGCCGGCGCUGAGCAGCAACGUGUCGGUGCGGCUGCUGAUCGUGGACGAGAACGACAACGCGCCGCAGGUGCUGUACCCGCCACAGGCGGCGGCGGCGGCAGCGGCGGGCUCGGGCGCCGUGUGGUCGGGCGUGGAGCUGGCGCCGCGCUGGUCGGAGGCCGGCGCGCUGGUGGCCAAGGUGGUGGCGGUGGACGCGGACGCGGGGCAGAACGCGUGGCUGUCGUACGAGCUGGCCAAGGCCACGGAGCCGGGGCUGUUCCGCGUGGGGCUGCACAGCGGCGAGGUGCGCACGGCGCGCUCGCCGCUGGCCCGCGACGCGGCGCGCCAGAGCCUGGUGGUGCUGGUGAAGGACCACGGGCGGCCGGCGCUGUCGGCCACGGCCACGCUGAGCGUGGUGCUGGCCGAGAGCGUGGCCGAGCUGCUGGCCGAGCUGGGCAGCGCGGCCGACGAGGCGGCGGCGCCGGGCGAGCCGGCCGCCGGCCUGACGCGCUGGCUGGUGCUGGCCGUGGCCGCCGUGUCGUGCCUCUUCGUGGCCUUCCUGCUGCUGCUGCUGGCGCUGCGCCUGCGCCGCUGGCGCCGCCAGCAGCUGCUGCCGGCGGACAGCGGCGCCCUGCGCGGCGUGCCCGUGUCGCACUUCGUGGGCAUCGACGGCGUGCGCGCCUUCCUGCAGUCCUACUCGCACGAGGUGUCGCUCACGGCCGACUCGCGCAAGAGCCAGCUGCGCUUCUCGGCCGGCAGCUGCUGCGACACCCUCCCGGCCCGGCCGCCGCCCGACGAGCCCGCGCCGCUGCUCGGGGACGAGGAUCUUGCCGGCGCCCUCCCCGCGGAUCCCGCCCCUCCUCCGAUCUUCUGA